AUGUCUACAGCCAUGGAUGACCGCGAUAAAGACACAGUAAAAACGGUAGUAAUCGAUGUUGGAUCACAAAAUAUCAGUGCCGGUUUUUCUGGGGAGGAAGGUCCAAUAGUGGAGAUUCCAAACGUUAUUGCAGUAUCAAAACCAUCUUUGCUUAAUCCAAUAAGCCAAACUCUGAUUGGAGAAGAAGCUGAGGAGAAAAAACCCGUGGCCUUCGACAUUAUUUACCCAGUCAAAAAGAAAAUCAUCACAGAUCCCGAUGCCUUGUUCAAGGUCUUGGAUGAAGUACUGCUAAAAAGGAUGGCAUUAGAUACUUCAAAAUGCAAAAUUAUUAUUGCGGCAGAAUGUCCAGACAAAGACAAGCUGUUAGAAGCCCUUUUUGAAAAAUAUAAUCCUACUGAAAUUUUUCUUACAAAUCAAGAUUUUCUUUCGCUCUGUGCCUCUGGUCUUUCAGAUGGACUGGUUGUCAAUUUUGGGGAAG